UUUGUCUCCCCCACCGACCGGGUCGCCGCCGUGCCUCAGCAGGCAGAACACCCAGUGCCUUUCCAGGGUCAUUUCCAAGGGGCUGGACCAACCGGAACAGCGCCAGGGUCAGCUGGGCCAAGAGAGACAGGACCCGGGUGUCCGAACGCCCCCACCCCUCCCAGUCCUUGCCCCACCUCGGGUCUCGCCCCUCCUCGCCAGGCUGGAGCUGGGAGCAGCGGAGGGCGCCUCGGCGUGGGUGUGGCCUCCGAGUGAGCGAGCUGGUGAAACCUGCUCCGCCCGCCCCCGAGUGUGUCUGCCGCGCGCGGCGAGCCCAGAGCCGGAGCUUGCCUCGCAGCCUGUCCCAUGGCCGGGUCCCCACGCCGCGCCGCGGGCGGGCGACUGCUGCUGCCCCUGCUGUGCCUCCUCUUCCAGGGCGCCACCGCCAUCCUCUUUGCGGUUUUUGUCCGCUAUGACCACGAAACCGACGCUGCCCUCUGGCACUGGGGCAACCACAGUAACGCGGACAAUGAAUUUUACUUUCGCUACCCAAGCUUCCAGGACGUACACGCCAUGGUGUUCGUGGGCUUCGGUUUCCUCAUGGCCUUCCUGCAGCGCUACGGCUUCAGCAGUGUGGGCUUCACGUUCCUCCUGGCCGCCUUGGCCCUGCAGUGGUCCACGCUCGUCCAGGGCUUCCUGCACUCCUUCCACGACAGCCACAUCCACGUCGGUGUGGAAAGCAUGAUCAAUGCUGACUUCUGUGCGGGCGCUGUGCUCAUCUCUUUUGGGGCUGUCCUGGGCAAGACGGGGCCCGCCCAGCUGCUGCUCAUGGCGCUGCUGGAGGUGGCGCUGUUUGGCAUCAAUGAGUUUGUGCUGCUUACUCUCCUGGGGGUGAAGGACGCAGGAGGCUCUAUGACCAUCCACACGUUUGGCGCCUACUUCGGGCUGGCCCUGUCGCGGGUCCUGUACAGGCCGCAGCUGGAGAAGAGCAAGCAUCGCCUGAGCUCCGUCUACCACUCCGACCUCUUUGCCAUGAUCGGGACCAUCUUCCUGUGGAUCUUCUGGCCUAGUUUCAACUCUGCGCCCACUACGCUGGGAGACGGGCAGCAUCGGACAGCCCUCAACACGUACUACUCCCUGACCGCCAGCACACUCAGCACCUUCGCCCUGUCGGCCCUUGUCGGGGGGGAUGGGCGGCUGGACAUGGUCCACAUCCAGAAUGCAGCGCUGGCCGGAGGGGUUGUGGUGGGCACAUCCAGUGAAAUGAUGCUGACACCCUUUGGGGCUCUGGCAGCUGGCUUCCUGGCUGGAACUGUCUCCACGCUGGGGUACAAGUUCUUCACGCCCUUCCUCGAGUCAAAAUUCAAAGUUCAAGACACGUGUGGCGUCCAUAACCUUCACGGGAUGCCUGGAGUCCUGGGAGCCCUCCUGGGGGCCCUUGUGGCUGCACUGGCCACCCAUGAAGCUUACGGAGAUGGCCUACAGAGCGUGUUUCCACUCAUAGCUGAGGUCCGGCGCAGUGCCACCUCUCAGGCCGUGUACCAGCUCUUUGGGCUGUUUAUCACACUGAUGUUUGCCAUCGUGGGCGGGAGCCUUGGAGGGCUCCUCCUGAAGCUGCCCUUCCUGGAUGCCCCCCCGGAAUCCAAGUGUUACGAGGACCAGCUGUACUGGGAGGUGCCCGGGGAGCAUGAGGACGAAGCCCAGGGACCUCUGAGGGUGGAGGAACCGGACACUCAGGCCUAACUUGCUUCCAGCCCUGGAGAGGACGCUUCCCUUUUAGAAGAUGAAGACGGGCUACCAUUGGGAAGUCCUUUUCUAGCUCCCAUCCCUCCUGCUGCAGGAAGAAGUCAUGAGUCAGUGGAAGCCUCCUGUCCAUAGGCAGCUCUGUAACUGGCCUUGGCGGGGGUGGUGGUGUUGGGGUGUUGGGGGGGGGCUCCCAGCAGCCUCAUUGCCAUUCACCCCUGCCCUUCCCCCUGUCUACAAGUGAGGCACCAAGUGACUGCUGACCCCCUGGUCCAAUGUCACACAGCCACAGUGAGAACCAGGGCGAUAAACUCCGCCGUCAUCCGGACUCUGACUGCCUUUUUUGCGUGUGUGUGCUG